AUGGUACUUCACUAUAAGUUGACAAGACAAAAUUUCAAAUCUUUACGGACACUCACCAGUCAAGUCAAUCACUCGAAUAUUGUAUCUAGGAAAACCCAGCAGUUUAAUACCUUCUUCAGACAUGAUACGGCAAUCAUUAAAAUUCCGAAAGACUGUAACCAUCGUUUGUGUUUUAUCUUUGCGCAAGAUAAAAUAAAUAAUAUUGAUACUGGGAGACAACACCAAAGAGUCGACAAUGAUGUUCAAGAUCUAGCCUACAGAGAUUUUAAGCCAAAGAGAAAUGAUUAUAGCCACAAUCAAAAUAUUUUAAACAACAUGGAGACUAAUAAAGUUGAUGAUAAUACAAAACAAGAACUUCAAGAAGCAAGAGCCCGCAUUGACCAGCUAGAAAAGAAAAUAGCUAUUUUAGAAGGAAGAAUACCACAAAAAUAUCCAGAUGUGAAGUACCUUGGCUAUAAAGAGAGAAAAAGAAUAUUGGUCACAGGAGGUGCUGGAUUUGUUGGAUCUCACCUUGUAGAUAUUCUGAUGAUACAAGGCCAUGAAGUCAUUGUUGUAGAUAACUUCUUUACUGGUCGCAAGAGAAAUGUUGAGCAUUGGUUUGGCCAUAGGAAUUUUGAAAUGAUUCAUCAUGAUAUAGUUAACCCAUUAUACAUAGAGGCAGAUGAAAUUUACCACUUGGCUAGUCCAGCAAGCCCACCUCAUUAUAUGCAAAACCCUGUUAAAACAAUUAAAACAAAUACCCUGGGAACAAUAAAUAUGCUUGGAUUGGCCAGAAGAGUUGGAGCAAAGAUUUUGAUAGCAAGUACAUCAGAAGUGUAUGGGGACCCUAUGGUGCAUCCCCAACCAGAAUCAUAUUGGGGACAUGUCAAUCCAAUAGGACCACGUGCAUGUUACGACGAAGGCAAGAGAGUAGCGGAAACAUUGGCAUAUUCUUAUGCUAAACAAGAAAAUGUGUCAGUGCGAGUGGCGCGGAUAUUUAACACAUAUGGGCCAAGAAUGCACAUCUCCGAUGGACGUGUCGUUUCGAACUUCGUCAUGCAAGCUCUUCAGAACUUGACUAUUACUGUCUACGGUAACGGCAAGCAGACGCGCUCCUUCUGCUACGUGUCGGACCUGGUGGACGGACUGCUGGCGCUCAUGGCGUCCAGCUACACGUUGCCUGUCAACAUUGGGAAUCCCGUGGAACAUACUAUAGAAGAAUUUGCUGUUAUAAUAAAGAAUCUAGUCCCCGGAUGUCGUAGUAUGGUGGCCACAGGCGCGGCCGUCGAGGACGAUCCUCAGAGGCGUAGACCAGACAUUACCCUGGCAAAAACCCACCUCCACUGGUCACCUAAGGUAUCUUUACAAGACGGACUUCAAAGAACAAUAGACUAUUUUAGAGAAGAAUUAUCUAGAACGACAUUCUACAAUAACCAGACAUACAUAGACAUUAAAGUGAAAAACUCUCAU